ACUCGUGGAAUCUACAAGAAAGAAGACUAUUCAUAAGCAUAUGAGACACUCGUUAUUUAUUCAGUCUAAUUUAGAUCUACUGUAGGUCGUUUACAGAAGUAUAAACUCUCUGUGCUAAUUAUGCAUUGUGUUAAAACUCUGCGGGCGUCUAGGGCUGGAUUUUUUUUUACUAGAAAUGCUGGAAAAUUGGAAAGAGGAAGUUUGGAAAGCUGCGGCAGAAGGCAUUCACCUGCGCGGCUGUUGUUGCAUACGAGCGCAUCACCUAGCCAGCACCUGCGUCAUCAGCACGUCAUCACAGAUGCAGAUCCAGGGACAUACAGUAAGAAGGCAGUUGCUGGGUUAGAGGACCUGUUGUUCUACACCAUUACCCAGGGAGAAGAUCAAAUCUCAGUGGCACGUUUCCUGGCUGCACUAAGAAGCACAGGAUUGCUGACAUCUGACCCCCGUUUGAGAGACUGCAUGAGGCAGAUUCACCAAGCAGUCCAAGAUUCUGCUGGGACAGCAAUGAUGGACCAGGAACUGUUCAGAAAAUGUGUUGGCAGUAAUAUAGUCCUCCUGACUCAAGCCUUUCAAAGGAAGUUCAUUAUACCAGACUUUGAGGCCUUUUCCUCCCUCAUCAACCAUCUGUUUUAUAACGCAAAGGCUCAGCAAGGAGGGAAGGUAGCAAACUACAUUCCUCAGUUGGCAAAGUUCAGCCCUGAUCUCUGGGGUGUUUCUCUGUGUACAGUGGAUGGUCAGAGGCACUCUAUAGGAGACACAAACAUGCCGUUCUGUCUUCAGUCAUGUGUGAAGCCUCUGGAGUAUGCGCUCGCGGUGCAUGAGUCUGGCACUGAACUUGUGCACAGAUAUGUGGGGAAAGAACCUAGUGGCCUCAAAUUCAACAAGCUCUAUUUAGAUGAAGAGGAUAAACCCCAUAAUCCCAUGGUGAAUGCAGGGGCCAUUGUAAUCAGCUCUCUUCUAAAGCCUGGAUCCAACAAGGCAGAGAAGUUUGACUUUAUGAUGGAUUAUCUGAAGAGAAUGGUUGGCAGAGAAUAUGUUGGAUUCAAUAAUGCCACUUUCCAAUCAGAGAAAGAGACCGGUGAUAGGAACUAUGCAAUUGGCUAUUAUCUCAAAGAGAAAAAAUGUUUUCCCAUUGGAGUUGACAUGACAGCAGCCCUUGAUUUCUACUUUCAGCUGUGCUCUAUUGAGGUGACGUGUGAAUCCGGCAGUGUUUUGGCUGCUACACUAGCUAAUGGAGGGAUCUGUCCAAUCACAGGCGAGCGUGUGCUCAGUGCAGAGGCUGUACGGAACACGCUCAGUCUCAUGCACUCCUGUGGCAUGUAUGACUUCUCUGGCCAGUUUGCCUUUCACGUGGGCUUGCCUGCAAAGUCUGGGGUAUCUGGUGCUGUGCUGCUCGUGGUUCCUAAUAUCAUGGGGGUGAUGUGCUGGUCUCCACCUCUUGACCGUGUGGGCAACAGUGUCCGAGGCAUCCAAUUCUGUCAAGAGCUGGUCUCCCUCUUUAACUUCCACAACUAUGACAAUCUAAGACAUUUUGCCAAGAAGUUAGACCCUCGCAGACAGACAGGCCAUGAGAGGAACAAGUCUCUGGUGGAUCUGAUGUUUGCUGCUUACAGUGGUGAUGUUUCAGCUCUCAGGAGAAUCGCUCUUUCUGCGCUCAAUAUGGAAUUGACUGACUAUGACUCACGUACUGCCCUGCAUGUAUCCUCAGCAGAAGGGCACUUAGAUGCUGUCAAGUUUUUAACUGAAACCUGCAAAGUCAACCCAAAUGCAAAGGACAGAUGGGGGAACACACCACUCGAUGACGCUAUGCAGUUUGGACAUGAUGGUGUGGUCAAGUUACUACAGGAGUACCAGAGCAUUUAUACACACACACUAAUGCUGGAGGAGCUCCACACAGACUCACGCUCUGAUUCCACAAUGGACGCAGAGGAAUCGAAGAGCAUGGAGACCAUAGAGGGUCUAGUAUAAGUGUGCACUGACAUUGAAAAUCCCAAACCUCUGUCUCUUAUGACUCCAGGGAAGCAUGUGGGUGUGAGAUGACAAACAGGGGCCUCCUACAUUUAUGACAAAGACAGGUGUUACUGUGCCUGCACAGUGAUAUAGUGCUAUGCUCCCUGUUCUCUAAUAAGAGUCAUUAGACUCAUUACUGUAGUUUCGCUCUUUUCUAUAUCACUUUGAGCUCAUUUCAAUCUACUGUGGAAUAUGAAACUACCAAGUACUUAGAAUUUUUUAGUACAGUCCAUCAAGGACAGUUUGGUUUGUGCUUGGACCAAUUUAGAAAUGGUUAUUCUAAGUGCACUGGAUUUAUUUUCUGUUAUAGCUGUUCCUUACACUCCAAAGUUAGUCAUUACUGAAGUAAAAACUCAAAUGCAUAUUGCACACUUUGUGUAAAUUUAGUAAGCUAGCUUUCAAUACAAGUGUGUAAACACAAAGUGUAGAUCCUGUAGACUACUUAUGAUAUAAUCAAGUAGGCCAUAUGAAGAGGCUUUCCAUUACAUUUGGGCUAUUAAUAUUUUUGAGCUAAACAUUUUCAGCACGUAUUUGUAUAUUUGAACUUUUCUUAAGAUGUUUGAAUUUCUUAAGCUUGUUAAUAGACAUUUUUGUAAAGUAUUAAGUAAUUUAAAAAUUUAAUUUAUUAUAGGGCACAAAAGCUUUAACUGAGCCUGCUGUUUAAGACUGAGCAAGGAUCUUAUUUUGCAAGAAAUAAAUGGUAUUUGAGA